AUGGGCAAAGACUUCUACAAGACGCUGGGCAUCCAUCGCGGAGGCACUGAUUAUGAGAUCCGUAGGGCGUACCGCAAGCUGGCGGUGUGCUACCAUCCGGACCAGAACCCUUACCCCUAUGGCGCGGAGCUCUGCGUGCAGGACAUAGCCAACGGGUGCAUUAAGAGCCUUAAGAUCUCACAAGUGAGGAUCUCGUCCAGCGGGAUGGCGACUCGACAUGGCAAAAUGUUCAACGUCUUGGUCCGUUCGGGCAUAAAGGCGGGCGAUAGGAUCACCUUCCCCAACGAGGGCGACGAGGGCCGCAACCGUGCGCCCGGCGACGAGGUGUUCGUACUUCGGGUCAAGCCACACCCGAUCUUCCGAUGGGAAGGAUGCGAUCUGCGCUACAUGGCCCGCAUCACUCUGAAGGAGGCGCUGUGCGGAGCCCGCCUGGUUGUGCCGACGCUCCAGAACAAACCGUUGUAUCGCUGCACCCGGGCUGAGUUGAUCGACCCGGACUCCACGCGCCGCUUUCGGGGAGAGGGACUGCCCUAUCACAGGAACAGGUCGCGCCGCGGCGACAUAAUCGUCGAUUUCUCCAUCAAGUUUCCGGAAACCAUUUCAAAGGAGGACACAUCAUCGACUUGCUCCCUCUUGACCAACUUCAAAUAA